AGCACCUGCCAUGAUGACACAUGCGCAUUUGUCAUGGCAGGAUUCAUUUUGAUUGGAAGGCUGACAUAUAUAUUUCAGUUCCACAACGGACAGGGUUUAUUGCUCAGAGUUGAUCACAGCAAAGACAGGCAGGAGACGAGAAACAGCAUCAUCAUCAUCAUCAUCAUCAUCAUCAACAUCAUCAUUCCUCUAACAGCAUCAUGAAGACUCUCUGCUUCACUCUGGGGCUGCUGCUGCUCAUCGCCUGCAACUGCGACGCUGCACCUCAAGCUCCACAAGACACAAAACCUGAGACAUGCUGCUUCAAGUUUAGAGUGGACCCUAUUCCAAUCAAAUUCGUGCUGACCGUAACCAAGACCUACAGCUCCUGUGAUAACGAGGCUUUCAUAGUUCAGACUGCCAAGAGACAGUUCUGCUUCAGACAGACUUCUAAAUGGGCUCAGCACGCCUACACACAGAAGCACAUCAUUGAGGGCAGCGGCUAUUUGUUCUAAGUUUUAACCAAAAUAUUGUAUUUACAUUAAAGCUAUUGAUGAAAUGACUGUAAUGCUCAGAAUGUGCAUUGGGUGUUUACAGCUGAGGAAACAAACCUCUAUUUAAAUGUUUUUUUUCAUCAACUCCUAAUAAAGAAAAGCCUCAUUUGAG